GUUUUACCUUUUAAGUAUUAACUUUUCUUACGUGCCUAAGCUGUCUUUUGCCUUUGAGCUAGAAAUAAUUUCAGACAGUACACCUGCAUCAGAAAUUGCAUACUGUAUUAAAUGAAGUACUUUAUGACCUCUAAAGCAGCAUGUGCUAUAUAGAGUAGUACGUACGGAUACCCGUGGAUACAGUAGGCAAUAUAAUAGAGAAGUAGGCACAUUAGGAUGCAUGGUAUAACUUUUGUGCAUUAUAAUAUAAAGAUGGUCGUCUAACUACUGAAAUGAACGUCAACACUGACAUCUUUUGGUUGGUUUAGGUACUGCAUGAUUAAGCCAUCCAGUAAUAGAAAUGUGGAAGAAAGUAUUUUAAAAACACAUCAAGAAUACACAUUGUAAAAAAAAUGGAAAGUGAAUUGGUUAAUACUGUUUUGUACGUUCUCUAGAUGAAGUAAAGCAUGAAUAAUCCACUUGUAACAGUUUUCCAAAUCAAUCCAACCCUUUUUUGUCCAAUCCACUUUUUUCUUUGGGUUGUUUUGACUGGAUUAAGGUCCUCGAAUAGGAGGCCUCUGGGGUGAUGAGGUAAAAGAGUUGCCAUAGAAACACUGCCACUAGAGUCACGUGUCUUUAUGCUAAUGAAUAUUUUCUGAUUUUUUUUUACCAGACUGAGAAGUUUUUUGGACAAAUCUGACAACAUGAACUUAACAGGCGUUACUCGGCAUCUUAACGGGACGAUCCUACGGGACUCAGAUGAUGAAAAAGCUAAAGCUGUUAUUUUUGAAGACAAGUUGUUCAAAAUCGCGCUGUUAUCCCUGGCACUGUGCGUCCUGGCAGUAACCGGAAUCAUACUCUGUAUCCUAUACCACAAUAACAGGAGGAAAAGUAAACUGGCCUAUAUCAACACUGCGACUCGUGAGGUAGCGGAGGAACCGGUGGUGCUUACACGUGCCAGAACAACCCAUAGUUUAUGUAACAAAUUUAGUAGACGGGAGCUAAAGGACAACUCGCGUAUCUACUACAUCUUCAGCAACCCUACACCUGUGGUACCCGAGGAGGACAUGGCCUCUACACAUACGCUGAAAGAGUAUGACAUCACCCUGAACCCACCCACUUUUUACAUGCAGGUCUCAAACUUCUUGUAA